AUGAUUCCUCUACAGCAGCAGCAGCGUGCUCAGCAGUCCUGCACAGACUCCAUAGACAUUUUCUGUGUGUCCAUCAAGAGUGACUGGUCUAUAGAGCUACCUAUUAAUUUCAAAGAUGGACACCACUCUACUGAACAGAGCAGGAUCCAUCAGGAGAGACCAGACUCCCCUGUACCCAGCUGUGUGUCCAUCAAGAGUGACCAGUCUAUGAAGAUACCUAUCACAUUCAAAGAUGGACACCACUCUACUGAGCAGAGAGACCACCAGGAGAGGUCAGAGGUUCUCAGUGGUCAGUCUGUCCAGGAUCAUCAAACAGACCUGGACUCCAUAUUUAUGCUGCUUGAGGAGAACAUUGUCACUUUUGUGAAGAAGGAGCUGAAGAGGUUCCAGAAGGAUCUGAGUCCAGAAUACCCAGAGUGCUUAGAGAGACAGAGGGAGGAGGAAGAGGAGCAGAGGAGGAGUCCCAGAGAGGAACUUCUGAAGAUCACACUGCACUUCCUGAGGAGUAUGAAGCAGGAGGAGCUGGCUGACUCUCUGGAGAGCAGUUAUUCAGAAACCCCUGUUCCCUUGUGCCGGAGGAACCUCAAAGCAGCUCUGAAGGGGAAGUUUCAGUGUUUGUUUGAGGGUGUUGCUAAACCAAGAGAGUCAACACUUCUGAAUCAGGUCUACACAGAGCUCUACAUCACAGAGGGAGGGAGUGGAGAGGUCAAUAAUGAACAUGAGGUCAGACAGAUUGAAACAGCAUCCAGGAAACCAGCGAGACCAGAAACACCGAUCAAAUGUGAAAACAUCUUUAAACCCUUACCUGGACAAGAUAAACCAAUCAGAACAUUGAUGACAAGGGGAGUGGCUGGCAUCGGGAAAACAGUCUUAACACAGAAGUUCACUCUGGACUGGGCUGAAGACAAAACCAACCACAAUAUACACUUCACAUUUCCAUUCACGUUCAGAGAGCUGAAUGUGCUGAAAGAUAAAAAGUUCAGCUUGGUGGGACUUCUUCAUCACUUCUUUAUUGAAACCAAAGAAGCAGGAAUCUGCAGCUUUGACCAGUUCCAAGUUGUGUUCAUCUUUGAUGGUCUGGAUGAGUGUCGACUUCCUCUGGACUUCCAGAACAAUGAGAUCUGGACUGAUGUCACAAAGUCCACCUCAGUGGAUGUGCUGCUGACAAACCUCAUCAAGGGGAAACUGCUUCCCUCUGCUCGCCUCUGGAUAACCAUACGGCCUGCAGCAGCCAACCAGAUCCCUCCUGAGUGGGUUGACAUGGUGACGGAGGUGAGAGGGUUCACUGAUCCACAGAAGGAGGAGUACUUCAAGAAGAGAUUCAGAGAUGAGGAGCAGACCAGGAGAAUCAUCUCACACAUCAAGACAUCACGAAGCCUCCACAUCAUGUGUCACAUCCCAGUCUUCUGUUGGAUCACUGCUACAGUUCUGGAUCACGUGUUGAGAACAGAUGAGAGAGGAGAGAUGCCCAAGACCCUGACUGAGAUGUACAUCCACUUCCUGGUGGUUCAGUCCAUCCAGGGGAAUGUGAAGUAUCAUGGGAGAUCUGAAACAGAGCCACACUGGAAUACAGACAACAGGAAGAUGAUUGAGUCUCUGGGAAAACUGGCCUUUAAACAGCUGGAGAAAGGCAAUCUGAUCUUCUAUGAAGCAGACCUGACAGAGUGUGGCAUUGAUAUCAGAGCAGCCUCAGUAUAUUCAGGAGUGUUCACACAGAUCUUUAAAGAGGAGUGCGGGCUGUACCAGGACAAGGUAUUCUGCUUUGUCCAUCUGAGCAUUCAAGAGUUUCUUGCUGCUCUUUAUGUCUUUCUCUCAUUCAUCAACACUGGAGUCAAUCUGCUGUCAGCAACACAGUCAACCUCCAUCUGGCUUAAACUAUUUAGAUAUAAACCUAUACAACCAGACCUCUACCAGACAGCAGUGGACAAGGCGUUAGAGAGUCCAAACGGACAUCUGGACUUGUUCCUGCGCUUCCUCUUGGGCCUCUCACUGGAACCCAAUCAGAAUCUCCUACGAGGCCUGCUGGGAAAGACAGGAAGUAAGUCACAGAACAAUCAGCAAACAGUCCUGUACAUCCAGAAGAAGAUCAGGGAGGAUCUCUCUCCAGAGAGAAGCAUCAAUCUGUUCCACUGUCUGAAUGAACUGAAUGACCAUUCUCCAGUGGAGGAGAUCCAACAGUACCUGACAUCAGGAAGACUCUCCACAGACCGACUCUCUCCUGCUCAGUGGUCAGCUCUGGUCUUCAUCUUACUGUCUUCAGAAGAGGAGCUGGAUGUGUUUGACCUGAAGAAAUACUCUGCUACAGAGGAGGGUCUUCUGAGGCUGCUGCCAGUGGUCAAAAGCCUCCAGUACAGCUCUUUGAGUUCCUGUAAUCUGUCAGACAGAAGCUGUGAAGUUGUGUCCUCAGUUCUCAGCUCCAACUCCUUUAGUGUAGAGCUGGACCUGAGUAACAAUGAUCUGCAGGAUUCAGGAGUGAAGCUGCUCUCUGCUGGACUGGGGAGUCCACAAUGUAGACUGGAAGCUCUCAGGUUGAGUUCCUGUAAUCUGUCAGACAGAAGCUGUGAAGUUUUGUCCUCAGUUUUCAGCUCCAACUCCUCUAGUGUGAGAGAGCUGGACCUGAGUAACAAUGAUCUGCAGGAUUCAGGGGUGAAGCUGCUCUCUGCUAGACUGGGGAGUCCACCAUGUAGACUGGAAACUCUCAGGUUGAGUUCCUGUAAUCUGUCAGACAGAAGCUGUGAAGUUGUGUCCUCAGUUCUCAGCUCCAACUCCUCUAGUGUGAGAGAGCUGGACCUGAGUAACAAUGAUGUGCAGGAUUCAGGAGUGAAGCUGCUCUCUGCUGGACUGGGGAGUCCACAGUGUAGACUGGAAACUCUCAGGUUGAGUUCCUGUAAUCUGUCAGACAGAAGCUGUGAAGUUGUGUCCUCAGUUCUCAGCUCCAACUCCUCUAGUGUGAGAGAGCUGGACCUGAGUAACAAUGAUCUGCAGGAUUCAGGAGUGAAGCUGCUCUCUGCUGGACUGGGGAGUCCACAAUGUAGACUGGAAACUCUCAGGCUGUCGGGCUGUCUGCUCACAGAGGAAGGUUGUUCUUCUCUGCUCUCAGAUCUGAGCUCCAACCCCUCCCAUCUGAGAGAGCUGAACCUGAGCUACAACCAGCCAGGAGACUCAGGAGGGAAGCUGCUCUCUGCUGGACUGGAGGAUCCACACUGGAGACUGGACACUCUCAGGUUGAGUUCCUCUAAUCUGUCAGACAGAAGCUGUGAAGUUUUGUCCUCAGUUCUCAGCUCCAACUCCUCUAGUGUGAGAGAGCUGGACCUGAGUAACAAUGAUCUGCAGGAUUCAGGAGUGAAGCUGCUCUCUGCUGGACUGGGGAGUCCACAAUGUAGACUGGAAACUCUCAGGUUGUCGGGCUGUCUGGUAACAGGGGAAGGUGUUUUUUCUCUGCUCUCAGCUCUGAGCUCUAACCCCUCCCAUCUGAGAGAGCUGGACCUGAGCUACAACCAGCCAGGAGACUCAGGAGGGAAGCUGCUCUCUGCUGGACUGGAGGAUCCACACUGGAGACUGGACACUCUCAGGUUGAGUUUCUGUAAUCUGUCAGACAGAAGCUGUGAAGUUGUGUCCUCAGUUCUCAGCUCCAACUCCUCUAGUGUGAGAGAGCUGGACCUGAGUAACGAUGAUCUGCAGGAUUCAGGAGUGAAGCUGCUCUCUGCUGGACUGGGGAGUCCACAAUGUAGACUGGAAACUCUCAGGCUGUCGGGCUGUCUGGUCACAGAGGAAGGUGUUCCUUCUCUGCUCUCAGCUCUGAGCUCCAACCCCUCCCAUCUGAGAGAGCUGGACCUGAGCUACAACCAGCCUGGAGACUCAGGAGAGAAGCAGCUCUCUGCUGGACUGGAGGAUCCACACUGGAGACUGGACACACUCAGGUUGAGUUUCUGUAAUCUGUCAGACAGAAGCUGUGAAGUUGUGUCCUCAGUUCUCAGCUCCAACUCCUCUAGUGUGAAAGAGCUGGACCUGAGUAACAAUGAUCUGCAGGAUUCAGGAGUGAAGCUGCUCUCUGCUGGACUGGGGAGUCCACAAUGUAGACUGGAAACUCUCAGGUUGAGUUUCUGUAAUCUGUCAGACAGAAGCUGUGAAGUUGUGUCCUCAGUUCUCAGUUCCAACUCCUCUAGUGUGAGAGAGCUGGACCUGAGUAACAAUGAUCUGCAGGAUUCAGGAGUGAAGCUGCUCCCUGCUGGACUGGGGAGUCCACAAUGUAGACUGGAAACUCUCAGGCUGUCGGGCUGUCUGGUCACAGAGGAAGGUGUUUCUUCUCUGCUCUCAGCUCUGAGCUCCAACCCCUCCCAUCUGAGAGAGCUGGACCUGAGCUACAACCAGCCUGGAGACUCAGGAGGGAAGCUGCUCUCUGCUGGACUGGAGGAUCCACACUGGAGACUGGACACUCUCAGGCUGGACCAUGCUGGAGUGUGCAGGUUGACACCAGGUGUGAGGAAGUAUGCCUGUGAACUCACACUGGACCCAAACACAGCACAUAGAGACCUCCUUCUGUCUGAGGACAACAGAAAGGUGUCAUGGGGGAGAGAGGAGCAGUUGUAUCCUGAUCAUCCAGACAGGUUUUACUCCUGGAGACAGGUUCUAUGUAGAGAGAGUCUGACUGGCCGCUGUUACAUGGAAGUAAAGUGGGAAGGAGUGGUUUAUAUAGGAGUGACUUACAGAGGAAUCAGAAGGAGAGGAGGAGGUGAUGACUGUCUGCUUGGAUGGAAUGAAAAGUCCUGGAGUCUCUUCUGCUGUAGUGAUGAAUACACUGUCUGUUAUAAUAAUAGAGUAACAGAGAUAUGUAUCUCCCCCUCCUCCUCUGACAGAGUAGGAGUGUAUCUGGACUGGUCUGCUGGAACUCUGUCCUUCUACAGAGUCUCCUCUGACACACUGACACACAUCCACACCUUCACCUCCACAUUCACGGAACCUCUCCAUGUUGGGUUUGGGUCACGUGGCUCCUCAGUCAGCCUUUUUCGUGUCCCACAGACGUACCCGGUGAUUUCAAUUUCGCCGGAUUAA